AGAGAGAAGCCAGCAUAUUUGAAAGAUCACUCAGCCAUAACACACCUUUGCUGGGGCGGGAUAAAAAGUGUUCGCUGCAGAUUUUUAGUAGAAAACAUCAGGGGAGGCGAGAGGGGGGUUUCAUCUAAAGCGGUUCAUUCACCAUUCCUUCAGGAAAGCAAUCUAGGUGGCUAUGAUAUGGAUGGUACCAAGAAAGGCAGGAGAGAAGGCUCUGAAGUCACAGAAAGAGUUAUCACUGAAACAGUAACCACAAGACUUACAUCCUUGCCACCAAAAGGAGGGACAAGUAAUGGAUAUGCCAAAACAUCAUCUCUCAGUGGAGGGAGCCGGCUGGAGAAGCAGAGUUUAACCCAUGGCAGCAGUGGCUACAUAAACUCCAGUGGAAGUUUAAGAGGAAAUGCCUCCACCUCCAGUUAUAGGAGGGCCCAGUCUCCUGCUUCUACUCUCCCCAAUUCACCAGGCUCAACCUUUGAAAGGAAAAGUCAUGUCACCCGCCAUGCAACAUAUGAAGGGAGCUCAAGUGGGAAUUCUUCUCCAGAAUACCCUCGGAAGGAAUUUGGAUCUUCUUCCACCAGAGGACGGAGCCAGACUCGAGAGAGUGAAAUUCGUGUUCGUCUACAGAGUGCUUCCCCAUCUACCCGAUGGACAGAAUUAGAUGAUGUGAAACGUUUGCUCAAGGGGAGCAGAUCAGCCAGUGCAAGUCCUACCCGGAACUCUUCCAACACACUCCCCAUCCCCAAGAAGGCUACUGUGGAAACCAAGAUGGUGACAGAGAGUUCUCAGUCAGUAUCAGGUACUUACGACACAACCAUCGUAGAUGCUAACCUCCCCUCCUACAUGUGGUCCUCUACCUUGCCUGCUGGUUCAUCUAUGGGAGCUUAUCACAACAACAUGGCAGCCCAGAGCUCAUCCCUUCUCAAUACCAAUGCUUACUCAACGGGAUCGGUGUUUGGUGUUCCCAACAAUAUGGCUUCCUGCUCACCUACCCUACACCCUGGGCUCAGCACCUGCUCCUCAGUUUUUGGCGUCCAAAACAACUUGGCUCCCAGCUCUUCCACCCUGGCUCAUGGCACAACCACCACCACCACAUCCACAGUAUAUGGUGUAAAGAAAAACGUCCAGGCCCCCACUGUUGUCAGUACAGGCGUGAGCACCUCUGCAGGCACCACCAGUUCCCACACUGAUGAUCUGCUGCGCAAGGACUGUAAGUUCUUGCUGUUGGAGAAGGAGAAUGUUCCAGCCAAGAAAGAGAUGGAGCUGUUGAUCAUGACCAAGGACAGUGGGAAGGUCUUCACCGCUUCCACCACUGGGCUCAGUACAACUUCAUUCUCAGAAGACACUCUGAAAAAAGACAAGCAAGCGAUGUCUUCCUCCUACGUCUCUGACUCCUGUCUCAAAUCUGAAGCUAACGGAGGUCUGAAGGUUGCAUCCAUGAAGGACAAAGCCACCUAUGCAGAAAUACAAGGAGAUGACCGUGGUGUCGGUGGUGCAGGAGGAGGAGGAGGUGGAGGUGGCGGCGGUGCAGGUUUUGGGGCUGCCCCCGCCUGGUGUCCCUGUGGCUCCUGCUGUAGUUGGUGGAAGUGGCUUUUAGGUCUGCUCCUGGCCUGGCUGUUGCUUCUUGGAUUGCUUUUCGGACUCAUUGCUUUGGCGGAGGAGGUGAGGAAGCUGAGAGCUCGUGUGGAUGACCUGGAGCAAAUCAACACUAGUAUGUUACAGGACAGGGAGAAGAUCUACAAAGAUCGAGCCAUUGCUGUCUCCCAUGUUGGUGGAGGGACCAGUGAACUUGACAGCCACAGUCAAGAGGCUCUCUGGUUAUUUGUGAAAAACAGGCUGCUGAUAGAACAGGAAAAGGGAAAUCUACGAGGAAAUCCUGGACCAAAAGGUGAUAUGGGAAUUCAAGGUCCAAAAGGAGAAAGAGGGUUUAUUGGAGUUCCAGGUGUUCCAGGGACUAUGGGCCAUCCAGGCCCAGAAGGACCAAAGGGACAGAAAGGCAGUUUGGGAGAAUCUGGUCCAGAGGGACCCAUGGGUCAGAGAGGACGAGAAGGCCCCACAGGGCCUCGCGGUGAACCGGGCCCCCCUGGUUUUGGAGAGAAGGGAGACAGAGGUGCUGCUGGAGAUCCAGGUCCUCAAGGCCCCCCUGGUGUCCCUGGUUCUGUUGGUCCCAAAGGUUCUGUUGGUUCCCCAGGACCCCAGGGCCCCUCAGGUCCUUCUGGCCUCCAAGGCUUCAGAGGUGAAGCUGGUUCCCCUGGUCCCAAAGGGGAGAAAGGACCAAUGGGACCCCCAGGACCCAAAGGUGAUGCGGGUGAGAAAGGACCUCGAGGUCUUACAGGAGAACCUGGAUCAAGAGGUCUUCCUGGUCCAACUGGUGAACCUGGUGCUAAAGGAGCUGUGGGUCCAGCUGGUCCAGAUGGACACCAAGGCCCAAGAGGUGAACAAGGUCUUACAGGGAUGCCUGGAAUCCGUGGCCCACCAGGACCUGCAGGAGAAGGAGGGAAACCAGGCCUCACAGGACCCCAAGGACCUCCAGGACUUCCUGGGACUCCAGGCAGACAGGGGGUUAAAGGUGACACUGGAACUCCAGGCAGGAUUGUAACUUCAGAGGGAACAUCAACAGUGACUGUACCAGGACCUCCAGGACCACCAGGAGCCAUGGGGCCCCCAGGACCACCAGGCAUUCCAGGACCUGCCGGCCCAGCUGGUCUUCCAGGACAACAAGGUCCCCGAGGGGAGAGAGGCAUCGCAGGGGAAUCGAUUAUUGGAAGCAGCUCUUCUGCUGGGCUCAAUUCUGCUCCUCACACUGCUCAAUUGCAAGGCCCCCCUGGACCACCAGGACCACCAGGACCACCAGGAGCUUCCAUCACAGGCCCUCCAGGACCCCGAGGCCCAGCAGGGGAAGGCCUACCAGGACCUCCUGGACCACCUGGAAGUUUCCUUACAAACUCAGAAACAUUCUUCUCUGGUCCCCCUGGCCCACCUGGACCUCCUGGCCCCAAAGGAGAUCAAGGCUCUCCGGGACCCCGAGGAUACCAAGGAGACCCUGGCCUCCCAGGACUCUCUGUUUCAGGUUCGGACACGCUGGGAGUCACCCUACGAGGUCCACCUGGCCCACCUGGUGAUCAGGGACUUCCAGGACCCAAAGGUGACAAAGGUGAUCCUGGUGUCCCUGGUGCUCCUGGAAUCCCUGGGAGCCCCUCUCGAGGAGGCUCAUCAAGUUCUCGAGGACCCCCAGGACCACCUGGCCCUCCUGGUCCUCCUGGCUCCAUCAGCAGCUCCAGACGGGAGAUUCAACAGUACAUCUCUGAUUACAUGCAGAGUGACAGCAUCAGAAGUCACCUCUCUGGAGUUCAGGGUCCCCCUGGCCCCCCAGGGCCUCCAGGACCUGUCACCACCAUUGGUGGGGAAACUUUCGACUACACUGAGCUGGCGAGCCGAGUCAUGAGCUACUUACGGACUUCUGGGUACAAUGUGGGCUCCUUUUCCUCGAUUUCUUCUGAAGACAUCCUACUUGUUCUGCAAAGGGAAGAAGUGCGCCAAUAUCUCCGGCAAUAUCUGAUGGGUCCUCGAGGACCGCCUGGGCCACCAGGAGCCAGCGGGGAUGGGUCCAUGCUGACUCUGGACUAUGAAGAGUUGACCAACCGCAUCCUAAGCUACAUGAGAAGUUCUGGGAUCAGUGUUGGUUCCCCUGGUCCCCCUGGUCCCCCAGGUCUGCCAGGAACAUCCUACCAGGACCUGUUGUCUUUGCUCCAAGGGUCUGAAUACAGUGGCAUCGUUGGGCCUCCUGGACCCCCUGGACCUCCAGGGCCUUCAGGCAGCUCCUGGUCUAGCCUCAGUAUGGAGGAACUUUCAUCUUACCUUCAAAGUGCAGGCUUCUCUUCGGUCUCGGGUCCUCCCGGUCCCCCAGGGCCUCCAGGCCCCCGCGGCCCCCCUGGGGUUUCGGCAGCUUUGGCAACCUAUGCGGCUGAAAACAGCGACAGUUUCCGGAGUGAGCUGAUUAGCUACCUUACAAGUCCUGAUGUCCGAAGCUUCAUCGUGGGACCUCCGGGCCCCCCGGGGCCUCAGGGUCCGCCGGGAGAUGGCCGGCUACGGGAAGCGGACGGCUCCUACAGCCGGGGAAGCAGUAACUCCUACGGCUCUUCGACCAGCCGCAGUACUUCCUACAGCUCCUCGCUGGGAUUGGGAGGAGCCAACGGAGGAGCGUCCCUGGGUGGAGGGGGAGCCUACGGCGCAACUCUGGGAGAUGGUGGCCCCUACGGCACAGAUGUUGGUGGAGGCUACGGGACGGCAGCGGGAGAAGGGGGCAUGUAUGGCCCUGAGGGCAGAGCUUUCGGUGCAGGCUUCGCCGCGGACCUGGAUUACAGUGAACUGGCUGUUCGGGUGUCGGAGACCUUGCACCGUCAGGGUCUGCUCCAAGGCAUGGCUUACACCGUGCAAGGCCCGCCAGGCCAGCCUGGGCCCCAGGGUCCUCCUGGUGUCAGCAAGGUAUUCGCAACCUACAGCAACGUGACCGAGGACCUCAUGGACUUCUUCCGGACUUAUGGGACAAUUCCAGGACCAAAGGGAGACACAGGCUUUCCAGGACCCAGAGGUGAAAGGGGACCAGCUGGAAAUCCGGGUAGACCUGGACCUCCAGGCCCCAGAGGACACAAAGGAGACAAAGGAGACAAAGGUGAACAAGUCUAUGUUGGCAGGAGGAGGAGAAGCAUUGCUGCAAAACCAUAAGGAUUAAGCCAUGCUGAGCUCAUUCCUGGAAUGGGGUUGGGCUAAAAGUUCUAAGUCUUACUGACUUCCUUUUGGGACAUCUUAGCCAAACAACUACUUUGGGUCAAGAAAUGUGUCUCAUAAUUUGAAAUGGCCUAAGUGAUGCUGGCUUUAGCUCCCAUAUAACAACACGUGGGUAAUUCCUCAGGCUGGAUAAACUUCAAGUAAUGUUUUGGGGAUUGAUCUGUUCCUUAGUAGAGUUCACAUUUCAAAGCCACUUGGGAGUUUGCAACAAAUGCUUCUCAGGUACCACCUGAGGGAAGUCCUGUACUCAACUUUUCCUAUGACUUUCAGUCAUAAUUCCAGGGAAUCUUUACCUUUACUGUGGCUUAACUUUAACUGGUUUUAAAUUGAACUCCAAAGAUGGGGAGCUUUCUUCCUUGAAGUAGUUCUUGGUGAUGGAUGGCUUCACUGCUCUGCCUUGGUUAACAUGUCCAAGGUGCUUUUAGUUGUUCUCUACCUGAAUUUCUAUCUGCUCAAGCUAGUCAUAGAGAAGAAAGCUAGCUAAGGAAAACUGAUCCAUUUAAGUUACUGGGAAGAAUAGAAAGCCACAGAAUUAAAUUUUCCUCUAGGAGGAGAUACUCAGUUUAGCAGGGUUUCCAAUUUUUAUAAUUUUUUUGAAUACAUUAGCUUUUUACUUGAACAACAAAAAAGGAACAUAUUUAACUAUCACCAAGCACCAAAUGUCUAUCUUCAUUUUUAAUAGCUAAUGGUAGGCUAUUGAUAAACUACAAAGAGAGGUGAUCCAAGAACUCAUGGGGGUUGGGACUAGUGGUACUAGAUAUUGGACGAAUUGUUUCAGUUCUGAAAUGCCUAUUUCUGACUAUAAGGAGAUAUUGGGGGGGGGAGGCUAUCAGGAUCAGAUGAAUUUAAGCACUUUUAAAUUUUUUUUUAAUUUUUUUAAACAUCUGUAUGUGGUCAAGUUGAAGUUGUUUUGUUAAUUUCCAAUUAAAGUUUAUUAAUAAUA